AUGGCUGAUGUGUUUACAUAUUCAGAUGAUUACGAUAGGAAUUGGCGUGAGAACGAAAUGAGAAAGUUUUCAUAUCUGUAUUUACAAUGUCAGAUUUUUUGCGUGGGUGGGAACAACUGUACGGCUACUGAUCAGUGGGAAAGCAGCCGCGAUGUGGGUGGCGGGACCCCCUUGAGGUCCCGCCAAGCUAUGGGCUCGAACAUCAGCCAGCACUCUUCCAAAGGCCUGAAGGGACGCCGCGCCCGCUCAAGCGGCGACCUUUGCAAUGGCGACACAAAGUCCCAGACUGAGUCAUCGGUAUGCGGUUCGGUCGUUGGAGAUGUCAUGGGUUGGAACAGAUCGUUACCUAACCAUUUAGACGGCAAUCGACAUUUAGCAGAUUACAGCCGUGUUAACAACAAUUACGGUGAUUUCGGUACAUAUAACCGCACCCAUCCAAAAGGCGGCCGCGGCCUACGGUACCGUGUCUGCAAGUCUGGAUCUGACGCAGAGCCGGUAUGGAAGCUUCAAGACCCGGGCUUCGACCAAGGCUACGGAUCUGAACGCUCCCCAGAAGACGACUACGUGCCUCCUAUCGCUCCAGCCAUAUCUCUUGAAACUUACGAGGCUGAGCUUCGAUUGAUCUACCCAUUCAUCAAUGACGAUAACACAUUCACCGUGGUCGUAGAGAAAGAUGGUCGCGGAUUGGGAAUGUCUGUUUGCGGAGGCGGAGGUUUGGUGAGAAUACGAAGAUUGUACCCCCCACAGCCUGCGUGGCGAACCGGCCAACUUGCGCCCAAGGAUCUCCUUCUUUCCGCCAACGGAGUACCCCUCGCUGGGCUAAGCACUUACGAAGCGUUAGAAGUCCUCCGAACAGCGGCAGCACGAGUAGAGCUUCGCGUUUGUCGACCUCCACACGACGUGCUUGAUUCGGUCACGCCGCCAGACCCGCCCACGCCACCAGCGCGCACGCCGCACCCUCCGCACUUGCCACCGCUCGACCCCCUCAACUGCCACCCCAUGCAUGCCAGGCUGUCUCAGACGACGUCCAGCGCGACGACGUCAUCAUCAGAAGGACGUGGGCGUCGUGAGCAGAGUCCUGAACCAGAUCGUCGGGAUCUGCGGCUACCAGACCUCGACCGACCAAUGCCGGUCUACGACGUACAAUAUGGGGAAUUCGACAUAAUAAUGACGAAGGUGAACGGUUCCUUGGGAUUCACGCUCCGGAAGGAGGACCACAGCGCAUUAGGGCAUUACGUCAGAGCCCUGGUUCGAGAACCAGCACUUAGCGACGGGAGAAUUCAACCCGGUGAUAGAAUCGUUGCUGUAAACGACACGCCGAUGUCUAACAUGUCACACGCCGAAGCUGUGUUGUUCUUACGGUCGUGCGGGAGUGAGGUUCGCCUGCGGCUGUACCGUGACCACGCUGCGACGCCACUCUCACCCAUGUCACCGAGAGAUGGCGCUACCGACUCAGAUGCACCUAUGCACAGGCCUAAACCCCCACUGAGGCCUGAAGCAGUAUCUAUGCUUUGCGAUUUAGCUGCUCGUCGCCUAACUCCUGAUGUGGGGGACGGUUCGCGAUCUCCUUGUCUAUCGCCACGCAAGUACCGAAAACUCACCAAGGAGAACAACCAUUAUGAACAGCCCACUGAUGUUCCAAGUUCCAACAAAGUAGAACACGGUUCGGAAUAUUCAGACAGCGUUCAGGAGCGUCGGCGGGCGCCGCGCACUGUGGCACUCGCCAGCCCCACCGCUCCACCCACUUGUAGAAAACAAAAGUUGAGCCUGACAGUGCCUCCACACGGUUACGAGUUAAACAACCUGGACAACGACACAUUGGAUGCGCCAAAUGUUUACCAGGAAGACAUGUCUCGACAGCGGUAUAACGAACCAGUCUUUUCUGUUGACUCUGAUGAGCCAGUGUCGAUGCCUGUAGAACUCUCUAGUGAUGAAGCAAGGUUUAAACAUGCCAACCCUGCCUAUCAAAGCGCUGUGCUUACGAGUGACGGUCAUACGACUUCUGACGGUCACAAGGAUGACGAUAAAGGUUUAAAGAAAUGGAAAGGUGUAGCAUUGUCACCAGAUAACGAGCGGAAGAAUCAGGUGCCUCAGAAGAAUCUACCCGUGGAACCUUCCAUUCAACCAAAACCUAAAGAGAUCGAGAUCGUCCAGAAAGAAAAUGUCAAACCUGAACCGAUUCUAGAUAACACCAGCAGCGAGCCUACGAUCGUAACAGUAGAGUUAAACCGUGGGUGGAAUAGCCGGCUUGGGUUCAGCGUUCAGUCACAUCCGGAUUCUGGACAAAGCUAUAUCUCUGCUGUUUAUAGCGACAGCGUCGCUGCUAGAGAUGGACGUUUGCGUCGCGGGGACGUCAUUCUGCAGGUGAACGAUGAAAAUGUAACAUCAAUGAAGACACCAGAAGUAAUUGAUCUGCUCAGAAUAUUGCGAGGAUCAAUUUGCAUCACCGUUCUUCGACCACCGAACGCACAGUGA